AUGCGGCGGAUAUCGAAAAAGCGCAAGUCGGAGAUAGAUUUGACUGAAGAGAGUGAUGAAACUCGUCCUGCGAAGACAACCCGAGAUACAACAUAUCUGAGCCCAGAGGAUGUCACCACAGGCCAGAGGUUUGGUGAAAACACCGAAUUUGUGCCACUCACUCAAGUCCCAGAUGCAGACGAAGACGACGCAGAUGCUGCCAACAUUGCCGAAGAGAAUGAAGAUGCAGAUGAGUCUGUCUCCCGUAUGCUUUAUGGCACUUUAGAUACGAAGAUCGUGGGUUGUCGAUUUUACAACGGCAUUGCCACACCUGGUGAACAGGUGGUACUCAAAAGAGAACCUCGAAAUCAGUAUGAUCGAAAUGCUAUAAGAGUUGAUAACGUCUUGGGUCAUCAGAUUGGCCAUAUUGGAAGAAACAUGGCUGCAAAGCUAGCACCCUACAUGGACUCACGAGAGCUUGUUGUUGAGGGUGUUUUGACUGGCGAGAAAAGUUUCUAUGACUGUCCUGUUGCAUUGCCAUUGUACGGAACAAGCCAUCCCGCUGAAAGAAUAUCAUUGAAGCAAAAAAUGCAAAAGGACCGCCUCCCUAUUCGUGAAUUCCUGGAUGCUGAGCGCCAGGAGCGUAAACGCGCCAAGGAAAUUGAGGCUCAAAGGAAGCAGGCCGAGAAACAGGCUCGGGCCAUGGCUCUCAAGAGAGCUGCUGCAGGUGCUGAUUGGCAGACCAAUGAUGAAGCACAGUUCGCCAACCUCUCGACACCGACAGGAAUAGGUGAAGCCCAGACAAGUUUAGAGGAACUGCUAGACCAAAGCAGCUUUUUCAACCCCAGAGAGAUUGGCCAGGUUGUGGAGAAUUUUGGACAGAAGGAAUCAGAUAUGGCCAAGAUGCCAAUGGCUGAAACCCCCGUUGGGAUGCUCACGCAAUUGUUACCGUACCAAAAGCAAGGGCUUGCAUGGAUGCUCUCUCGUGAAUCUCCUACCCUUCCCUCUCCCGGCUCCGAUGAUGUCGUUCAGCUGUGGAAAAGCAGUCGCGGAAACAAGUUCACCAACAUUGCAACCAACUUCGUCACUUCUACUGCGCCAACUCUAGCAAGCGGUGGAAUCCUAGCGGAUGACAUGGGACUUGGAAAGACGAUCCAAAUAAUUUCUCUCAUUCUGGCAAACCCCGCACCUAAAACUCCCGGUUCCAGCAAGGGCACAUUGAUUCUCGCUCCGGUGGGCGUGAUGAGCAAUUGGAGGAAUCAGAUUCAGCAACAUUGCCAUCCUGAAACCGCACCCCGUGUUUUAAUAUACCACGGUUCUGGCAAGAAAGAGGCCGCAAAUCUGUCAGAGUAUGAUGUGGUGAUCACCAGUUAUGGUGCCCUAAGCUCCGAAUAUCAACCCACUGCCAAGAUUCCGCCUAAGAAGGGCAUAUUUUCCUUACAGUGGCGACGUAUUGUCCUUGACGAGGGCCAUGUGAUACGAAACCCAUCUUCCAAGGGUUCGCUGGCCGCUUCCAGCCUGAGGGCAGAUUCUCGAUGGACUCUUAGUGGUACACCGAUCAUCAAUACCCUGAAAGACCUGUAUUCACAAGUACGUUUCCUGAAGCUUACGGGAGGUCUUGAGGAUUUGGGGAUGUUCAAUCGUGUGUUAAUUCGCCCACUGAAUUGUGGAAAUCCCGAGGCCCGUCUACUUCUUGAGGCGUUGAUGGGAACUCUGUGCCUCAGACGCCGAAAGGACAUGGAUUUUAUCAACCUCUGUCUACCAAAGCUUACAUCCCGCGUUCUCCGGAUCAAAUUCCAUGACCAUGAACUUGAAAAAUACAGUGCAUUCCAAUCCGAAGCGAAGGGAACCUUGCUUUCCUUCAAGGACAAACAAGGCAGCGCAUCAUACUCUAACCUACUUGAGGUUCUUCUGCGUCUCCGACAAACUUGUAAUCACUGGGCACUUUGCAAGAAGCGUGUUACCGCGCUUUUGAAGCUGCUAGACGAGAACAAAGUCGUGCCACUCACCCCUGAGAACAUGUCAGCGUUGCAGGAUAUGCUUCAGCUUCAAAUCGAAAACCAGGAAGUAUGUGCAGUUUGUCUUGACAACUUCGACGAGCCUGUCAUCACUGCCUGUACACAUUCAUUCUGCAAGGGGUGUAUCGAAGAAGUCAUCGCCAGGCAGCACAAGUGUCCGCUUUGCCGUGCUGAUCUUGACGACAAUACCAUGCUGGUAUCCCCUGCUGAAGAAUCACAAGAAGAUGAGAAGCAGGUUGAUGCGGACCCCGACAGCCCUAGCAGUAAAAUUGAGGCUUUGGUGAAGGUUUUGACCGCCCAAGGUCAAGCACCCGGCACCAAGACAGUGGUCUUCAGCCAAUGGACCUCAUUUCUUGAUCUCGUGGAGCCUCAUCUUGCGAAGUGUGGUAUCAAGUUUCUUCGAGUGGAUGGCAAGAUGAAUGCUACAAAACGCGAUAACUCCAUUAAUAUCUUCUCCACCCAACCAGAGUACACUGUUCUUCUCGCCAGUCUUAGCGUUUGCAGCGUCGGUCUCAAUCUCGUCGCCGCCAAUCAAGCCAUUCUUGCGGAUAGUUGGUGGGCUCCGGCUAUUGAGGAUCAGGCUGUCGACCGUGUCUACCGACUGGGACAGACACGAGAAACCACUGUCUGGCGUCUCAUCAUGGAAGACAGUAUUGAAGAACGCGUUUUAGAUAUUCAGGCACGUAAGCGCGAGCUAAUGCACGCUGCUUUCAGAGAAACCAAGAAGAAAGCAGAAGAUAGAGCAACUCGUGUGGCUGACCUUGAGACCCUUCUGAGCUAG